AAAAAAACACACAUCAUUGUAAAAUCAAUGCAUUCAACGUUCCCUUCAGAAUCUAAAAUCAUAACAUAUUUUUUUGUUAAAUAUAUUGGGGAAGCAGAAUAACAAAACGCGCUCUGGUGGAAACGAUUUGUACUUUCCGAUUCGGGAUGCAUAGUUUUAUAUUGGUUAUUUUACUUUUUAUAGCUAAUUGUAUACGUUAGUAAGUACAAUUUCUACUAAUAUUAUCAAAUACAUUCAAAUACACUUCACGUAAAGCAAAAUGUAUGCGAAAUGUUGGGAAAAUACAUACAAUCUCCCGACUCCACGUAGGGGGGAACCCGCCCAACCAUCAGUACGAUAGGCGUCAACAGCGCUCCCAGUGUUAAUCUGUCUUCUCAAUUUCGUUAAUAAUACACAUUUUACCUACAAAAAUGUUAAUUAUUAAAUAUUUAAUUAAACCUAAUAAUCAAAUGCCUAUUAUAAGGGUAGGUACAAAACGUAUAAAGUACAAAUUACGAGUAAAGGUACUUUAGUAUCAUAGAACAGGUAUUACAUAGUAUUUAGUCACAAAGACGGUCAUGGCUAAAUAUUAUAUACCUCGUAUUUAGCCAUGAAGACGGCUUUCUAGUUAUUGCAUAUCCAUGGUUAUCCAUGGAUGGUUGUGACCACGGUAUCUCAUCGUGGUUGUAACCAUGAAUUAAGAUAUACUGGAUAACCUAACCUGUGAUAAGUGAAGUCCGCACCUUCUUACGUUGUGGCAGGACUUCUAGCGCUUUAUACGAUUGUUCUGUGUUUACCGGGAGAAUAAGUAAUUAAAUGACGAUAGUUCAUUAUUCUCCCGGUUAACACAGAACAAUCCCAUAAAGCGCUAGUAGUUCUGCCGCAACGGAAAAAGUUAUUGCGUCGAAAUAUGAGUUGAUAUAAGGCACUCCGUCCUACCAUCAAUGCCAGGCGAACAUAACCUAACCAUAAACCUGAGAGAGAAAGAACAUAAAGUAGUGAAGGAGUCCACCAAAGAAGCUGUAUACAUUUUUCUAUUUCGUUUCUUUCGUUUCUUUCUUCAAACGGCAAACAUUUUAAGCAUUACUGUGACACGAUAAUCCUUUCAAGGGAAAUACGCAAUCCAGUUGGAAGAAACAAAUUGUAUCGCGACCAUGGAACCGACAAGGAGACAAGGUGCACUAGCUGGGAGCAUAGGGCCCGACAAUCUUGAUGAUGAAAUGUCAAUUGAUGUUGAAUUUGAGGGCCGCAGUCCAGAAGUCAAAGAUUAUCAUUGUAUUAAACAGUUAUUACAACAACUAUUCUUAAAAGCUCCAGUAAACCUGUCUGAUAUGACUUCAAUACUGAUUCAUCAACCCACCAUUGGCUCAGUUAUAAAGCAAGUUACUGAUGUGGAUGAUGAAGAGGAAGAUGGAGAUGAUGACGACCAAAUACUUGGGAUAACUUCAGUUAUCAAUAUUACGGAGAAGACAAGUGAAUGUGUAGAAAAUUUACACAAAUUGAUUUUGGACUUAAAUAACCAACAUAGUGAUAGUGACACAACACUAUUUGUCAACCGAUUGUUGAGUGAUGAUGAUAAUCAAGUUGGGCUGUUAAUAAACGAAAGAUACGUCAACAUACCUUCAGUUAUAUCAGUGCCAUUAUUUCAAGCUCUUAGCAAGGAAAUGUUCAAGCUAAAAAAUGAGAAACAAUCAUACAAUUUUGAUUAUCUUAUUAUGAUAUGCAAACUGUAUAAAGUGAAGAACGAUAAGAAGGGAAACAAAAGUUUUGAAAACUCAGAAAUAAUAUGGGCAAAUGGUGAAGAGGAGUUCUUUGACAAAGUAGCAGAUUACAAGUUUGAGUUUUGUGUGCAAAAUGACCAGGGAUCUGCCUUGGCUGGCAGCUGGGUAGAAUCAGAUCCUGGAAUGAUUGCUUUUAGACGUGUUCUGAUUUUCACUAUGGACAAAUUCUGUUCACUAACUAACCAACUUCAAUCUUUAUUUGCGAACAUUGAAACCGAAUAUCAGCAUGAAAGUUAAUACACUUUUUAUAACACCUACAUACAUUUUUUUUUUUAUUAAGUAAAGUAAAAUAAAUAAAUUGAGUUGUAUUUUUAACAAUGUAAUCUAACGGCAUGUAAUAAAAUUUACAAUUUUA